GGACAGGUGUUCGGCGGAUGCGGCCCUGCGCGGCGUCAUCGGCUCCGCGGCCGGCACUUGUCCGCCGCCCAAGCGCCACCUAGGCCCCUUCCCGCAGCUUCGGCCACCACAACAAAAGCCAAGUAGUAGCGCUUGGUAGCAGCCCUGCAACUGCUGCGCCCAACGCACACGGUGGACACCAAUCUAACGCAUCGCCCCAACAGAGUCUGUCCGGCCCCGCCGCCGCCCGUUGCCUGCUGCGGCCCGGCCGGCCGCGCACGGCAUGUCGACCAACAACACCAACGCCGGCAGCCCGGCCACCUCCCAGGACGCCGCUGCUGAUGGAGCGGACAAGCAGCAGCAGCAGCAGCAGGACACGGUGAAGAAGACGGUGCAGACGGUGGAGGUGCGGUCGUCGGCGGGGCAGCCGGACGAGGAGGGCGUGCUCAAGCCCGUCAGGGUGGUGCACGAGAUCCCCGCCAAGGACGCCAAGGAGAACCCCGGCGUCAAGCAGGACUAGCUAUCUAGCUACUCUCUAGCUCGCUUCGUCCACCUUCGGUCGAUGGAUUUGUGUGACCGACGCUGUUGCUCCAAGCAGCUGUGGUGGCCAUAGAUGUUAAGAGAUCCUAGUAUUGAGUACCGUCGCAUAUGGAGGCGCAAAAUAAACAAUUGUUGUUGCUCAUUUAGAAUUCGAAUUUCUUGAAAAUCUGUUAUCGAGAGAAUUAUCUUUUCUAAGUAUAAAAUGACUUUAAAUCCUUGUGGCUGAUAA